UCUCAUACUUCCUUCCCUUCUCGUAACAUAACCCAGAAUAAUCCAAAAAUACCAAUUUUCAUUGAAGGAAGAGAAAAAAAAAAAAAAAAAAAAAAGAAAUCCUGUGUGUGUCCACUCCAAAUAACAAUACUUUCUUCAGAUGCUUUUAGAGCAUUCAUGGGGUCUCUAGGCAGUCCAAAAACAUGGGUUCCAUACACAAGCAGCAAAGAUUGUUCUCAAGGUUUCUGUAGUUUAUACUGUCCUCAAUGGUGUUACAUAAUCUUCCCUCCACCACCCCCUUUAGAUUUCCCUGAGGACAAUUCACCACCAAAUUUCUCUCCUCUUGUUAUUGCCAUUAUUGGCAUUUUGGCUAGCGCUUUCCUUCUGGUAAGCUAUUACACCAUAAUAUCAAAAUACUGUGGCAACAACACAGACCGCUCAACAAGAAGAGAAAAUCAUGAUCUGGAUCAACAAGAGAUGGAAGAUGACCACAGCCCUUCUCUCCAUGAGCCUUGGCAUAUCGAAACCACCGGCUUAGACGAGGCUCUGAUCAAGUCCAUAGCAGCUUGUAAGUACAAGAAAGGUGAUGGUCUUGUUGAUGGAACAGAUUGCUCUGUUUGUCUGAGUGAGUUUAAAGAAGAUGAUACUAUUAGGCUUUUGCCUAAAUGCAGUCAUGCUUUUCAUCUUCCUUGCAUUGAUACUUGGCUUAGAUCUCACUCCAACUGCCCUUUGUGCCGAGCUAACAUUGUUGCUUUCGCUCCUUCUUCGCUGCUUCCUCUGCCUCAGCUCGGAGAGAUUAAUCCUUCCAAUUAUAAUGAAUCAUCAAUGGAUGAAAGUCGAAGAGCUAAUGAAAAUGUAGUUGUGGUAGUGGACACUGAAAGGGGUGGUGGUGGUGGUGGUGGUGAGGAAAUGGAUUGUCUUGGUGAUCAAGUUAACGUUUCGAAGAAUCCAUUUCGUGCUUUUAGUGAUUUGGGAAAUUCGGAAGAGAGGGAUAUCAUAAUUGAGAUUAGAGAUGAAAGAUAUCAGAGUGUUAGAAGGUCGGUUUCGAUGGAUCAUCCAACUCAAAACCGUGUUUUGGUUGCUGAUAUUCUGUGUAGGAAUGAAAAUGAAGAUGAAGAUGUUGAUGAAGAAGAAUAUGGGUCAAGUGAUGGUGCUUGUUCUUCCAAAGUUCCGGUGGCCGGAGAAAUCGGAAAAGCUGGCCGGAGAAGAGGUGUUUUGCAUUGUGUGAUGAGUCCUGUUGCUAUGAAGAGAUCGUUUUCUAGUGGAAGAUUCUUCCUUACCAAGCCUGGAAGAGCACGUCACCCAAUUAUUCCUCACUGAAAACAACUUUCCAUGAAAAAAAAAAAAAAAAAAAAGAUUUUGAUGAGAAAUUGUUUACAUUCACUCAAUAUUACUGAUCCUAUAGAAAAUUUGUCACUGCAAGUGAAUUGUGUUCCUUUGUGGAAUUGAAGAGGGUCGAUGCUUUACAAACUUUUGCUUAAUUUCUUCCAUUUAGUUUUGUCUUUAAAAUUUGGUUUUGUUUAUAGAGAAAUCAUCUAUUAUGCUCUAUUAGGUAACUUAUGUUAUCGUUUGGAAUCCAAUUACAUAUAAUUCGUGAUUUAUUAUUAGUAAAAA